AUGAAAAAAUCAUUCUCCUUUAUCGUUUUAAUUCUUCUCGUCAUUCCUGUACUAGGAUUGCAAAAACAACCCAAGCACCCAUUACAGGGUUGGUGUGCUUCUCCUCUACCUGACCAAAAACCCGGGAAAUGUAACCAUGACCGAUGUCAGACUAGGUGUAAGAACACUCGUCAGUUUCAAGUUAAAGACCAGGUUACAGUUGGUACUUGCAGCACUAGUAAUAAAUGUUUUUGCACUUGGCGUUGCAAAUAG